CACGAGUCCCAGCUCCAGCGCCCCAGCCGCCGGCCGUCAUGGCCGAGUCUCAGCUGGCCUGCCUGGACGAGGCGCACGUGAACGAGAAGGUGACGGAGGCGCAGGCUGCCUUCUACUACUGCGAGCGGCGCCGGGCCGCCCUGGAGGCGCUGCUGACCUCCGGGGACCGGACCUACCAGGACGUGCUGACCAAGGAGCGGCUGCGCGACUUUGUGUCCGCGCCCGAGCGCCUGGCGCUCCGGACCGACUGGCGCCCCUACGAGGUGCAGGCGCCGGGCCCUGCGAAGGGCAAAGGCAAGGCUCCCGCCCCCACCGAGGGCCAGGCUCCCGCCCCCACCGAGCCUUCUGCCUCGCUCGCCUACUGGCCUGACCGUUCGGACACCGAGGUGCCCCCGCUCGAUCUGGGCUGGACAGACAACGGCUACUACCGCGGCGUCAGUCGCGUCACCCUGUUCACCCACCCUCCCAAGGAGGAGAAGGCGCCCCACCUCAAGGAGGUGGUCAGGACGAUGAUCCAGCAGGCCCAGAAGGUCAUCGCGGUGGUCAUGGACCUUUUCACAGAUGGAGACAUCUUCCAGGACAUUGUCAAUGCUGCCUAUAAGAGACGGGUCCCCGUGUACAUAAUCCUGGAUGAGGCAGGCGUCAAGUUCUUUCUAGAGAUGUGCCAGACCCUAGAGCUCAAUGAUUUCCGAAUCCGGAACAUCCGAACGCGAUGCGUGACUGGUGUUGGGUUCUACAUGCCUGCCGGAAAGGUCAGAGGAACCCUGUCCUCACGGUUCCUAAUGGUAGAUGGUGACAAAGUAGCGACGGGGUCUUACAGCUUUACCUGGCGAUCCUCCCACGUGGACAGAAAUCUUCUCCUGGUGUUGACGGGGCAGCACGUGGAGCCCUUUGACGUGGAGUUUCGGGAACUCUACGCCAUCUCGGAGGAGGUGGACCUGUACCGAGAACUGGGCCUAACGGGCCUCAAAUAUUCCUCCACGGUGGCGCGUAAACUGAUCAACCCAAAGUAUGCCCUGGUGGCAGGCAGCCGGCAACCUCCUGGGGAGAUGAUGCGUUGGGCGCGUCAGAAGCAGGAGGCCAGAGGCGGGGUCAAAGAUGAACCGGAGGAGGGAGGCGGGGAAGGCUCCGAGUCUGCCCGGCGCCUCGACAGCUUUCUCCACGACCUGGUCACGCUAGACCAGGUGCUGCCCAUGAUGGACCCUCCGCCCCUGGAGGACGUGGCGAACUGGAAAGGAGGCAGGAGAGCAGAACCAAAGCCCAAGGGUAGGGAGCCUUCUGUCCAAGCCGGGAAGAGCGAGGCUGCCAUCGGAGCGGCUGCCACCGGCAGAGAGGGCCGACGCCUGGGCAGCAAGUUCAGCUGGAGGUCUAAGCGAGCUCACGCCACCAACGGCAUGGUCAGCUCCCUCUCCAGUGAGACCUCCGAAGGGGAGUUUGUGGUGGUGAGGAGGCCGGCCAUGGACCCAGGCACCCAAAGCCCCAGCAGCGCGGUCCACAGGAACGGCAGUGUCUCAGGAAGAACCAGCCUAAGUCCCACCAAGCAGGACAAAUGUGUGAUUUUAUGAGUCUGGUGACCGGCAGCUUGGGUGGGACCCACAGUUGGCCCAAGACUUCUCAUGCUCCGCUAACCCCCAACAACUGCCUUGAAAAAGGACCCAGAUGGACCCCUUGGGAGCUGGCCCAUUCCCUCUGGUCAGCAGCCUCUGCCUGCUGGGCCCCUGUCCUCUGUCUUGGCUGGCCUCCUGAAUGCCGGCCACAAGUCCUGGACAAAAUCAGUUCCCCAGCUGUGCUGGAUGAAAUCAGCUCCAUGUUUACAUUUAGUGGGAGUGGGGAGGGACACCCCUACCUUUGUGCCUCAACUUGACGGGAACCAAGGAAUUCUACUAGCCUUAGCUGUUGUCUUUUCCCCCCUUUUCUACUUGUUGCUGGUGAUUCUGGGCCCUUGGGGCACGCCAGGAAUCAGGCACGACUUAAACCAGGAAAGCCGGAACAACAGAGGCAGUAUCACGUCAUGGAGGAGAGGAGGGAGUAGGGGUGGGGCGGGAAUUGGGAGGUCAGAACUUCUAGUACUGGAAGGAGUAUCCUGUGGUAGAGAGGUCAGACUUGUCUGCUCAACCUCGGAGAAGCAGUGGGCACAUGUUACAGACAAGGAGAUUCAGGCUUGAUGUCUGGGAAGACAAAGUGGAAUGGGCCGCCUUGGGAGGAAGGGAGUCUCCCUUCGCUGGACAUAUAAAAGGGAGAGCUAGAAAUGGAUGUUACAGAGGGCAGGGCAGACUGGGUGCCUCUGAGGGGAGAAGCAGGGGUGAAGGAGAAAGGCAUACGCAUCAGGGUCACCGAUUUCUAGUCCUCGGUUCAUGGAGAAAUGUUGAUUUUCUAUACCACCACAUUUCAGCGUAAUUGGUGUCCUUUGUCAUCCUAUGGAUUUUUUAACGCAUUUAAAAAUGUGACUCGGAGAAGGAAUCUCUGGGCAGACCAGCUGCCCAGGAGGAUGCCCAGGGGGUCCAGGACCCAAAGGAGGUGGGGAGAAGAGUAUUGGGUCUGAGCGUCUGAAUCCCCCCUCUGCCACCGGCACCUAUGUGAGCUUUGGUGAUUCAAUUUGCCUCAGUUUCUUCAUCUAUAAAACAGAGCAGUUGGCCUGGUGGCAUCAGAGGGCCCUCCCAGCUCUCAAUCUGUGAUCCUAAGAUAGGGAGCGUAAGUGUCGGCCCAUUUUACAGAUAAGACCAACGUUUGAUGGCUGCUGCUGGUUUCCUAGAUAGACUCAAGAUUAGGUGCCACCCUUCACUUGCUCUCUUUUCCCUUCCCUGGCAAGCUUCUUGAGGUCAGGGCCAUUUUAGUUUUGCAUUUGUGUCCCCAGCUAGUGCGAUGCCUUCUUAAUACAUAUCUGUGGAAUGAAAUUGAGGCCUUAGAGCAGAGGGGCAUUGUGGAGAGUGGGUUCUUGGAGCCAAAGAUAUCCAGCAUCCCACCAGCUCUGGGUUCCAAUCUUAUCUCUAAAACUGUAUUUAAAAAAUGGAACUCAGGCUGAGAUGGUCUCCCCAAAGCAGUCUGGGCCAAUGACGUGCUGCCAGGCUCUGUGUGUGUGUGUGUGUCUGUGUCUGUGUCUGUCUGGUGUUAAGAUGAAAAAGGGCCCCAAGGAGACGAGAGAUUUGGCGGCUAGACAGCGGAGAAAUCUGUAGCUUAGACUGGCUAUGUUUCCACUCCGUCCCUGGAGAAAUGUGAGUUCCUCUUUCCCUCUAGUUAAAAGCCACCAGGCCUUAGCUGCUCGACCUAUGAAGCAAAGGCACCGUGCCUGCCUCAUGCCUCCACGUGUGGCCUUACCAGCCGCUUCUACUCCCUCUAGAAAAUGAGCCACGUGACUCUGAACUGAGUCAGGAGACCAGAGUCCUAGGAUGGCUUCAGAUGUUAAUGUGCUCUGUGACUUUGGAUGAGCAAACUUUGCCACUGCCUCCCUCCUCGCCUUGGGGUCCUCAGUUUCUUCAUCUGUAAAAUGGGGGUGGAGGUGGUGGUGAAUUAGAUGAUCGUCAGUUCUGAUAGUCUCCAGAUUUAUCAAAAUGUCAGAUGAUGGAAGUCAGGAAGUCCCUGGUCUCCAAGGAAGCGAUAAAGAGCUAGGGCCAAAGAGAAGGGAGGCAAGAACCGCACCUUCAUGGACAUAACCUAGUAUGGUAGCCUCUGGUAUGGCUCAGAGUCGGAGGACCUGUGUUUGAAUCCUGCCUUUGAUGUUUACUACCUGUGUGACCUUGGACAAGUCACUACACCUUAGUCUCCUUAUGCAUAAAACGAGGGCAUCUCCUACAUGCCGAGGAGACGGAGAACACCAGGCUUGCCUCAGUUGCUCAUGGACAGCCAAAUUUUUAGCCUUGUUUAUCUCUUUGGGAAAUACAAGUGGGACAGCCUUGGGGGAGGGUGUUGAGUGAGAGAGGUAUCAAAUUGAGGUCGGAAGCCAGAUCCUCAGAGGUGAGUAAAGAAGACUGGCCUGAACCCAGGCGUCACACCUGCCACCCUGAAGUGGGGACAGUAGGCUGUGCAUCUUCAAAUUGAGUAAGUUGGAGGGGGGUGGCAAGAGGGAGAAAGAAGAAGGCUUAGAGAGAGGCUGGAAACGAUGCAGUGGCCCAGAAAGAUGGGAGAUUUGUCCUGAAGGUCUUGGAGGCCUCGGGGUGGGGCCCAGCGCUGCCUUCCCUGACUUGUCCCAUUGGGUUAGUGAGUUAUUGGGGAGGACCCCACAGGAAGGUCCUGGGGAUUAAACAUCUAACAUGUUGCCCCAUGAGGGCAGAGGGGGCGUGGAGCCCAUCCAAGUGGCUCUUCUGGGGAAGGCUGUUAACCAUCAAUAGCGGAAGGCAGUCGUGGUCUGAUCCUUUAACCCUCUGGAAGCUAUUUCCACUUGUUUGCCUAAUGUGUGUGUGGGCAUUUACCUAAACCUUAAAAAAAGGGAAAGGUAACUGUUCCCAAGGGGGAGUGGUGUUGGCCCUACAGCUGGAAUUUGUUUCCCAGAGCAGCUAGGCACCUAGCAGAGUCCCGAAGACAGAUGGCCAAGGAGAAGGAAGGUCUGCAGGAGGAAAGACGGGCAAAUGAUGUGCGCCGAGCACAGCCACCUGGGGAAGCUAAGGGAACUGGAGGAAAGAGGGUAUAAAAAGAGGAAGAGGAACUCAGGAUGGGGCCCGAUCUGCCCCUCCCGUACACAUAUCCCUAGGCCUGUUCCAUGUGUGCAUGCAUUCAUUCAUGCAUACAUGCAUGCAUACUGCGAUUUAUAUGGAACACAUGUAGACAUGUAUGUUUAUGUGUUAUAUAUAUGAAUAUAUUCUGCAUACAUACACAGACAUCUGCCUGUGUGUGUGUCUCUUUCUCUCUCUCUCCAAACCUGUGAUUUUCUUGUCAAGGAGAACCUAGGAGCCUGGACACUUGACUCAUGUCUGCAGACGAGCCAUUCUCUGCCACUGAGAGGCUUAGAGGGUGGUCAGGGCCCCUGACAAGUUACAGGCCUGGCCCACAGCCAUAUUGCUUGUGUGUCCAUCUGAGGACUUAGGCCCAGGCCUUUCUUACUCCAAGGACUGCCUUUCCCCCCCUAGGGCACCUACCCCUUUCCUUGCAUAUAUAGUUAUUGAAUUCAGCUGAAAAUGCGUGCAAAGAUGGGGAACUAAGGAUGUGAAGUGUUGCACAUACAUUGUUAAUGUAUUGUUUUUGUUGAACUGUGGGGUUUGGGGGUAAUUUUUCUUCUUUAAAUCUUUGUUAAAAGGGAAUGCUUGAUGAGAGGAAGGGGGGAGGGAAAUGUGAAGUAAAAA